AUGGAGCUGGCCAAGGGAGAAGCAGUCGCCGGCAGCGGUGAAGCGCGGCUCUUGAAUGGUGCGCCACAAUCUCAGCAGCAACAGCCGCAGCCAGACUCUCUCUCACACCCAGUUGCUCACCCAUCACAACCGAAUUCUCAUUCACAACUGAUCUCAUCGGCACCUGCUGCUCAGGCUUCCCCAGCACCGUCGAAUGCCAGUAUUCCACCACCUCCUCCAAGUGAUACUGGUGCCGAUGCUGGCAGCGAAACAGCUGCUAACCCGCGCAAGCGCAAGAAGGCUUCUCGAGCCUGUGAUUUCUGCCAUGUGAAUCACCAACCCUGCGACAAUGGCCAGCCGAAGUGCAGUGUCUGUACCAAGCACAAUAAGCCCUGUCUUUAUCUCCGUCCAACAAAGCGUCGUGGUCCUCAGAAGGGCUACCGGACGGCUCUCAACACUUACAAGGAGAGUGCCGCUGCUUGGGGUGCCGUGCUGGCCGCAAUCCCCGGACUCGAUGCCUUAAUCGAGGGUCACUUGCGUGGUGCUGCAGGGAAGUCAAUCGUGUCGAGCAUCAAGGACUCCAAUCAGCAAGAUGCAUUGAUUACUCGCUGGCAGCAGAGCUCCGUAUUCAGAGCUUUCUUUGGACACAACGGCCCUCUUCCUGGGACUUCAGCAGCCGCUGCGGCCGAUGCGGCUGCCAAUGCAGCUGCUAUGGCUCCCGCAACUAAGGGCCCACCGGAGAAAGAAGAGGCAGAGGAUGACGAAGGUGCGAAUGAGAAUGUUCGCCCACCCCCUGCAAAGCGCGCGAUGCAGACCACAGACCAGAGCAGCUACUUAGGAGGGUUUUCCAGCAUGGUCUCGGAAGCUCUGCAGCCGUCGACCUCCAACAAGAAUACCUCUGUCCCUACGACUAAAGAGUCGGCUUUGCUCUCAGAUCUUGUGGCCAAGGACGCCGCUCAAUCAGCUGCUCGCGCCUCACAAACCCUCGCCUCUCUCGGCUUCGCCCCUGACGAGACAAUCGCCGACUUCUACAGCAUGGGCGCCAAUCCUGAGCCGAUACCGGAGUCUACAGACCCCGAUUUUGAUCCUUCUCUUGGUACAGAAGAUGAGCAGCGUGCUUAUUACGAACUCUUGAUGGGCCGGUCAUUUCGUUCGUUCCCAAGCUGA